UAGUGCGACUCGCGUAUCCGACACACGAGCACGCGCGAUCGUCCACGUAUCUUCCGCAUCGCGCCGAGAGGAUAUUAAUUAUUAUUGGUUUACUGUAUUAAAACGUGACUCACGCGAAAAACGCACGUCAAUCGCAGCAGAUCGUGCGAGAUGAUUUAUCGGGGAUCGCGAACUUCGCGAUUAUCCGCCACGUCACUUUCCACAUUCGUAUAAUACGUCUUUAGAUUCGUGAGUUGUUCGAAUCGCGACAGAUCGUUUAAAAUAUUCAGACUCUCAAGUCUGUAGACCGAACUGCAUUUCCGUCGAUUUUCCGCCGACAGAUGAUUCUUUCGAGAUUACGUCUCGCAAAUCGACGUUUCUCGUGAAUCGAACGUUGACGUUAAUCGCGAUCGUAACAUUUAAAUUCGCCCGAGUAACUCUCGGUAUAUAAUUAUAUAUAUUUACCGACGCGCCUGAAUCGGCCGUGUCGACGUAUCGCGGUGAUACUUGAAUGCCUUGAAUUCCAACCCCGCGAGAUCCGUACGUUUUGGAAAAUCUAUUUCGGUCGAUGGCACCCCUCGGUGCAACGCGUCAUGGAGUCACUCACGCGAUUCGCCGCGAAAGAAUUCAACGAUAACACGGGGAUCGGACGAACGAUCGCAGGGAUGGAGGCUUCCACGAUCGCUCUGCAGGACGCACCGAUCCAAACAAAGCGUGAAUUGUUCUUCAAGGGCGACGGUACAGGGAUAAUCUCGUCGCCGUCAGUGCCGUCGGUGCCGCCGCCGCAGCCGCCGACGCAAGCCCCCGGGUCUCAGGUGAACAAUUCGGUGGCGAACGCCACGACGGCCAGCAGCCUCACAUCCCCCAACACGGCGCCGGUGUACUCGAGCAGUGCCCUGAGCGGGCUCAACGCGAAGUCGCGGCUGCCGUCCGCGACGACGAUCCCGAACGACGCCUCGGAGGACAGCAACAGGCGCGAGUCGGCACGCACCGCGAUCUCUUCCAAGGAGGACAGCAACAAGGAGGCCAGUCUGCUGCACCAUGCGCGACCCACGCCGCCCACCAAGCCCAAGGAGCUCGACGGUUACGUCGGCUUCGCGAAUCUCCCCAACCAGGUGUACAGGAAGGCCGUGAAGAAGGGCUUCGAAUUCACGCUCAUGGUCGUAGGGGAGUCGGGUCUCGGCAAAUCCACCUUGAUCAACUCCAUGUUCCUGGCAGACAUAUACAGUGCCGAGUAUGCCGGACCCAGCCUGAGGAUAAAGAAGACGGUUGCCGUGGAAACUAGCAAAGUGCUAUUGAAGGAGAACGGAGUCAAUCUCACCCUCACGAUCGUCGAUACCCCUGGUUUCGGUGACGCCGUGGAUAACAGCAACUGUUGGGUGCCAGUAAUAGACUACAUCGAGUCGAAAUACGAGGAAUUCCUUAACGCAGAGUCCCGCGUGACGAGACGGCAGAUCCCAGACAGUCGAGUGCAUUGCUGUCUCUACUUCGUCGCGCCCUCCGGUCACGGAUUGAAGCCGCUCGAUGUGGAAUUCAUGCAGCGUCUCCACGACAAAGUUAACAUCAUACCUGUCAUUGCCAAGGCGGACACCAUGACGCCGGAUGAGUGCGCACACUUCAAGAAACAGAUUUUGAACGAGAUUGCGCAGCACAAAAUAAAGAUCUACGAGUUUCCAGAGGUCGAAGAGGAAGAGGACAACAAAUUCCAUAAAUUAUUAAGGGACAGAGUGCCAUUCGCAGUCGUGGGGGCGAAUACUGUCGUCGAACACGACGGAAAGAAAAUACGGGGAAGAAAAUAUCCAUGGGGAAUUGCGGAAGUCGAGAAUCUGGAACAUUGCGACUUCAUUGCGCUCCGAAACAUGGUAGUAAGGACGCACGUGCAGGACUUAAAGGACGUGACGAACAACGUGCACUACGAGAACUUCAGGUGUCGCACAUUGGCCGGUCUAGGUGUAGACGGCAAACCGACAAAGGCCUCGAAUAAGAACCCGUUGGCGCAGCUGGAGGAGGAGAAGCGUGAACACGAUAACAAGAUGAAGAAGAUGGAAACGGAGAUGGAGCAAGUUUUCGAGAUGAAAGUUCGCGAAAAGAGGCAGAAGUUGAAGGAUUCCGAAACGGAUUUGCAGAGAAGGCACGAACAAAUGCGACGCUCGUUGGAGCAGCAGGUGCGAGAGCUGGAGGAGAAAAGGCGAGCGUUCGAGGCGGAGAAAACUGCCUGGGAGCAGCAGACCGGCCACAGUAUUGAAGAAUUGCGUAGACGCAGCUUAGAGGCGAAUUCGAAAGAGACGGGAUCGAUGUCCUCCGAGGGAUCUGGAGGCGGCGGGGGUACGUUGAGGGGGUCCCGAGGGAUAAGCAGCCUCCUUCGCCGUCACACCAGUUUCAAAUCACCUCAAGACAGCCCCGCACAGAUACAGCUUGUCAUACAGCAUCCUGAGCACCCUUAGUAGAGACCGCCUCCCAGACCGCUCUCGCUCGCUUGCGAGACCCGUACCGAAAUCGCCGCGCCGACACCUCCUCGCGCUCGACCCUUAUCAACCCUUAUCCAGUUCAGAUUGCCCUCUCUUCUGAGCGGCGACGCGAUCACUCGACGAACAUUUUCUUGGCUUGGUGGUAGGAGUGAGAAUCAAAAUAAUUUGGAUUAGUCAGUGGCUCAAAUCAAAAUAGCAGAAUCGAGAAAGGAAGAUCUUUUAUUUUUCGAAAAACGUUUUACACACGCGAUAUCGAUCGUCUGAAUAAGGGUUGACAGGAGGCCUUGUCAUAUUCGAGGAAAAGUAAAUGCUACCUAUCAGAAAGUCAACGUUACUUCAGUAAAUUUCACAGCAUCGUCAGCGUUUGUUUCAGCAAUGAUUAAAGGCAGAAACCAGAAGUCUCUUUCUUAAAUCUUUUCGAGUGAUAUUAUCUUUGUUAUUUUCGUGCAGUUGUUUUCGUCUUUUCAAGGCUCUUAAAUUUUCAGCGGAUGUCAAAUUCUUUUAUCUUCAAAAUAUAUAAAUUUUUAGAUUUGGUGAUUUAAUAUAAAUGCUUUUUAUACUAAAUUUUUUUAGUAAAUUUUGAACUAAAUUGAUCCGAAAAUUGAUACCGCUCGUCGCGAUAGGCUGCACUUACUCGUCCCGACACGCGUGUGCGUGCGGCUCGUUUAAUCCGUUUGAUACAUAUCGCAAUCCAAAGCGACUGUACAUUUCUUGCGUCCCGCGAACGCCGUAAGGGGCAUCGCACGACACGAGACAUGCGUUUACAAGCGCGAUUCAGUGAAUCUCCGUUCGCUACUUUAUACUCGAUUUUCUCGCGUUUCAACUUCGCUCGCCGUCGCCGUUUCAUUCGCGCGUUAAUUGAUCGUUAUGUCGACGACCCUCGCCGGGAGACGUUGCGUACAACUCCAGCGUACAUACAUUUAAACGCUAAUUAAAGCCGAGGAAAGUGGGAUUGGAGUGUCCUGGAAAACAUGGAAAUCGCGCGGAGACGGAGUUGCAUUCUUGGCCGAAGUUGAAGUCAGUUUCUCAUGCUGUGCGAAUAUUUAAUUAGCGAGUCCAUCUCUGUAACCUGAGCGGCCUGUUUAGCAUGCACUUGCCAAAUUAAGGCUCCGAGGAGAACGUUUUCGCGUUUCCGGGAACAUGCUGAAGUUUCAAUUAGUAUCUCUUGUUUUGGCGGAAGUUCAAGCAAGACGGGGCCCGAUCGUCUCGGCGGUGUCUGAUUAGCGGUGAAUUAACUGACAGAGCGAGAAUUACCGCAGAAUCGAAAGGAGCUCUCGUCGCGUCGAAGGUCCAAGUCAAGAAAGUUUUCGGCCUAGAAAGUUACGGAAAGUUAAGGAAGUCACGGCGCCCAAGAUGAAUUCUGUCUCAAAUUUCCUAACGCGAGACGCGCGACCUCGCGUCCCAGCCGGUUUCCUCGUUUUCCCCGGGAUAUCAUCUCCAGUCUGGAUUCCUCCACGUUGUAAAGUUACGCGUGUCUCGCGUUACACGAUGCAUACGUCCUUAGAAGCGCGACUCGUUACACUCGCCUGUUUCACUCGCGAAACGUCCCCGUGCGUGAAAAUCACUUUUUUCUUUUUUUCCACCGCGUUUUUCGUCGCCGUAUCGCGUGCACGUAAAUGCGGCGUACUCGGGCUUGCGCUCCCCGGUAAAUCACGGUCUGGGCGAUAUGCAGCGCACACGACUUAUUAAGUAUAUAAAAAUAUAUAUAUAUAUAUAUAGAGAGAGAAAGAAAGAGGUAUAUCAGCGAUAUGUACAUUUAGCAACGUAUUUUUGGCACUUGAACUUUGAUAAACUACGAGAAUUGUAUGUAAAGAAGGCGCAAAAUUGUGUGUGUGUGUGUGUGUGUGUGUGUGUGCGUGUGUCACACUCGUCCUCGUGUAGGAGUGUCAUUUUUUUUGUACUCACGUCUAACACACAUUUUACAUACAACGCAUACACGUGCACACACUUUAACCCUUUACCGCAUCGCGUGCCAUAAAAUCAACGUUCCUUUUCUCCCUGCCGACAGUGUGGUUGUGCCACAUCACGCAUCCGUGUCACGUUCGUUCCCGAUCAUACUUAGGUAUUCAUACCGCUGUGUCUGUUUGAGCGUUCUCUCGAGCGUUGACAUUCGCAAAAGCGCGGCUUUAUCGUCGCUCACGGCAAACGAGCUGUAUCUAUCGCAUUUUCCGUCGCAUUCCUAACUUCCCGCCAGAUCAAUAUUUCGCGAGAUAGCAUGGCGAAGGUAAGUUGGCCCGUCUGUCGAGUGCGUGCAGUAGAAACGUUAUGAGACAAUAUUACACGUUCUUCGAGAAGUUUUCCUCUUGUCUGUCGGUGAGAAGAGUCGCGAGACAGUGUUCGAACAUUUUUAUCGCAGGAAGAAAAAAACGUUCUAAUCGCGAGAGAGAGAGAGAGAGAGAGAGAGAGAGAGAGAGAGAGAGAGAGAGAGAGAUGCGCGGUAAAGGGUUGACAUAAACGGCCACCUCGUAAGCUCGCGCCAGAGUUUGUGAAGUCUCAAGCCGAUUGUAAACUCUAAGCAAGCUGUCGGCGUCAUCCCGUUUCGGGAUUUUGCUCUUACCACAAUCGUGUUUCCCGUUUAUCGCUCCGCGAUAACGAUUGCGCAAAAGUAUAGAUGCCGUAAGCUUUAGAUUGCUCGCACACGAACGUUUCGUUUCGACGAGUCUCUUCCGAAUCGCGGAGGUUCGAUCCCAAAGAGAGAGGAAGCAGAGACAGCUUGGUAGAGGAUGUAACCGCCUAUUACUAAUAAUCACUCGCAAAUUAUACAUUGUUAAUUUCGUAAUUGAUAAUCUUUUUUUUAUCUCUCGCAAAUAAACGCAAUGCUUACCUAAAACCGUUA